AUGGUGGCCCCCGCACCCCUCGCCGUAAAGCAAUGGUACACAAUCUUCACACGCGGCGGCGCAAUUGCACGUCCUUUGGCUGCUAUCUCAGCGCUGGCAACGGGAUACUUGGCUUAUCACCGUACGUCCUAUUCCAUUUCUAUCUCCCUUCCAACACCCAUGCCGCCACUCCAAUCCCAAGCCACCCACGAACAAUAUAUAACUAACAACCCAACAGAAGACCGCACAUCCACCCCCUUCCGCCUCAACGCCCUCGCCACCCUCCUCCUCCCCUCCAUCGUCCCCUUCACGAUCCUCGUCCUCGGCCCCACAAACAACAAACUCAUGGCAAAGAAAGACGAACUCGCCAACGCCUCCCUCCGCGACAAGCACGUCGAGCAGUUUGCCAAGGAAGGCGAGACAGUCAAGGAACUGAUGGACAAGUGGGCUAGCUUGAACUUGGCGCGCGCGCUGCUUGUUGGUGUUGGUGCGGUGUGUGCUGUUGCGGCGGGUGUUGUGGGCAGGAGGGAGGUUAAGGAGAUUGGACGGUUUGCGGGGUGGGGACGGUAG